AAUACGAUUGUGUGGCUUAUCAGUCGCGGAACGGGCCUACCUCCUAGUAGUGUGCCUGUACGAACCGAUAUAUGGCAUAGGCGCCAGUGCUCAUUAGCAAACAGUCCGUCGGUGGCUAGUGUCGAGCAAACAUACUUCCGAACAAAAAAAUGGUUUUAGUGCGUGGUUUGGUUCUGGUGCUGUUCACCGUUGCGUUGGUCCAGGCGAGAGUUCUUAAGAAUUCACCCGAGAAUGCUGCCCGGCUAAGGAACCUGCGGCCGGAUGAGCUGGCGGAGGAACUCAGCGGUCAGUUCGAGGGAGAUAUCGUGCUGAGCGAGGAACAGGAACGCUCCAUACUGAGCAACAAGCGCAAUGGGCUGAUUGCGUCCACUUACCGGUGGCCGGAAAACACCGUGCCGUUCGAGAUCGUCGAGGAAGACUUUACACCGGAACAGAUCGCACACAUCAAGCGAGGUAUUCGGCAGAUCGAAUCGGUCACCUGUCUGCGGUUUGUGGCGCGCACGGACGAGACGGACUUUGUGCGCGUGAUCGGUACCGGAUCCGGCUGCUACUCGUCCGUCGGCCAUCGGGGCGGUGCGCAAACGCUUAACCUCGAGCCGUACGAUGUGGACACCGGAUGCUUCCGUUUGGCAACGAUCGUGCACGAGUUUAUCCACGCGCUCGGGUUCUACCAUCAGCAGAGCGCCAGCGAUCGGGACCAGUUUGUCGACAUCUUGUGGGAUAACAUUGAGGAGGGCAAGGAGCAUAACUUCAACAUCUACGACGCCAGUACGAUCACGGACUUUAACGUGGUGUACGAUUAUGGCAGUGUGAUGCACUACAGCGCGACCGCCUUCAGCAAGAAUGGGGAGAAAACGAUCGUGCCGAAGGAUCCGAAUGCGGCGAUCGGGCAGCGGGUGGGCAUGAGCGAGCGGGACAUCUCCAAGCUGAACCACAUGUACAGGUGUUUGGGCAAGGAUUAGGGCGGCGCGCUCUGUGCUAGUGAUAGGUAGUGGUGGCGAAAGUGUUGGCUAAUAAAAAGAUCUUCCAUGUUCGGUAA